AUGAACAGCAUCGGUGAGGAACACUAUCGGCUCGUGGAACAUCUUUAUGACUGCACGAGGAAGGCUCACAGUUAUAAAACUACCAAAAGACGCCUAUCUCUGAAAAUUGUAGAGCUGAUACGUCAGCGUGAAACCGCACGAGCAGCAGGCAACCAGGAACUCAAGCCCGGGAUCGCAUGGCUUUGCGGAGAGGCGAUAAAAGAAGACCUAAAAGAGAGAAGAGCAGAAGUGUUGGCUGAAGCUGCAGAAGAGCAUUCGCUACGCCAAUCGAGAAUUCGCCAAUCGAAGGACGAGGAUGAGAGCUCUCCGGAACCCGAAUGGAACAGGCAUAGCAUCGAGAAGAGGAAUGGAGAAAAUCAUUCACGACUUCUACUCUGA